ACCAUCCUUACAGUCACAAAUUGUCCAUUAUGCUAAAAGCGUGACUUCAGAGCUUCAUUGGAGGGAUGUCCCUCUGUAAGUCCCUCCAGUCGGCCUAUUGUCUUUUCCACAAUGCCUUGAAAGAUCUUUGCUGCUUUAGGCGUAUGCGAGCGAGCGCGUCGGUGCGUGAGUGAGUGCAAGCACGCUUGUGUUCUCCGAUUUAUUGUGUCACAAAGAAGACAAUGAGAAACCAUUUUAUCGUCUCGGGGGAAUGUGGCAGGAGUAUGACAUCGUCCAAUGUGCUCGGCACCAGUGUCCAGUUCGCUUGCACCGUGACACAUCACAGAAUGAGAGAGACAGGUAAAGACAAAGAGAGAGAGAACGAUUGGAGAGACAAAAGUGACAGCAAAUAGUUCUGCACUAAGUAAAGCAAAGCAGUUUGAGGAUGUGCUCUCUAAAAUCCAACUCUCCAAAUCAAGACUUUAUUAUAGACACGGACAGACGUCUGCUUUUGAGGAUUCAUGAUGUGGAAUUUUCAAGUUGCAGAAUUGACAGGAGGUGAGAAAUAUUUUUAUUUAUAAAGUGACCAACAAGUUGCUGGAGCAUCCAAGACACGUUUGAGAUGGAGCUGCUUCCCUUGAAUCUGAGUCCUGGAACGUCUUUCCAUCUGCAAGUGGACCCUUUGUGGUACCAACGUCGAGCCGUGGAGGAACAGGUGGAGCUGUGGUGGUUCAGAGAGCCACACGUGUCUUUUCUGUGCUACUGCUUUUCGGUGGCUAUGGUUCUGGGCCUGGGCUCGGCUGGCGUGGGUCUGCUUUCUACAGCAUCCUCCGCUGUGGGAUCCUCCGCAGUGUGGCGUUUGGGUGUAGGUUCAACGCUCUGCCUCCUGGCUCUGGUGGUCCUCCUGAAGCAGCUGCUCAGUUCUGCUGUACAGGACAUGGGAUGCGUACGCAACCGGAGACGCAUAGACCAGCUGCGGACCGGAGGAACUGUGGAUCCCUUGCUGUUGCUUUUCACUGGCUCGGCACUGCUGAUUUGUGGGACCACGCUGCUCGGUCUCAACCAGUCGGACAUGUUUCUUUCUGGGAUGACCCUCUUGGCCAGUGGGGCUGCAGUGGUGUUGGGUGUGAUGGUGUAUGGAGUGGUGGUUUAUGUGGAGGGAAGGAGAAACAUAAGGAGACGAAGAAGAAGACGUAGGGUAAGAGUAUACACAGUGGCGGGGUCAAGAAACCGACCGUGGAGAGAUUCGACCUCUAGUCAUUCGAAUUUGUUAUGAGAGGAGAAAAACUGAACACAAUCACAGUAUCGAAUUGUCUGCAGUAUUUAUACAGAGUCUGGGGCUAGUUGUCACACUGGGACGUUGCCAGAAGGUUUGUGUUUAAUAAUCAUCCCCAGUGUUUUUUUCUAGCAGUGGUUUGUAAGUUGUUUCAAACUGUUCUUCUUAAGAUAAAUUCAAGUCUGAUCUAAAAUCAAAAAAUCUCGGUGCUCUACUUCUUUGGUUAAGGUAGCUGUGUUUUACCAUACUGUGAAUAUUUUACCACUGGGCAUUGUUAACCAACAACACUCAUAUAAAGGUAUAUUAAUGAAUAGAUUAGCAUAUAUUAAGUUUAUGAUUUUUUUUCCAUCUUAUAAUUCCUUGCAAUUUGCUGCUAAGCAAACAAUAAUGACACACAUUAUUGCCAUAAUAUUUAGGAAAUAUUAAAAGAAAGACCAAUAAAAAGUUUAACUUUUAUAUGUUUGCUUGAAGCUGUUUUUUGUGUUUGCUUAAAGUUUUAUUGAUAUAUUUGCCAAAAAUGUUUGAUAAAAUACAUUUAUAAACUUACUUUUUAAGUAUAACUCACAGACAAUUUAAUGACACGUCAAAAUGAUUGUUGAUAAUCAGCAUGCUGUUCAUACAUUACAUUUUAAGUCGAAAUUAACCCAAAAAUAUGUUAUUAUAUUUUUAAAUAUAAUACUUUAAUCCUUAGUGCUCUUGUUUGCACCUUAAUCGCUGUAACAUCUGCUCUGCAAUUCUGCGGCUGUUAUUGCACACAAUUGUCUAAAGAUGGUGCAAAACCUAAAUAUCAUAAUUUAUUUCAUAAACUUGAAAAAAUUAGUUAUCCUACACUGUAAAAAACACACAGCAUUUUUUUGUCAAAUCUACAUAUAUUUUAUGUUACUUUAACUUAAAAAAUUAAGUUUAACAAUUUCAACUUGAUUUUAUAAGUUAUGUCAACUUUUUU